CUGCGGCCUCCGGCGCUUUGGGCUCUGGCUGUAGCUGUAGCUGCUGCUGGUGGCACAGCACUUUCAGUGGGUGCGCACCUUCUCGCUGUCGCUCUUUAAAGAGUUAAAGUUCCAUCCACAGCGCUGUUCUCCUCGAAACAAACCCUCUAUAUUUAUAUAUUUACCGGGCUAGAGGUCUUGUGUGUGUGUGUGUGUGUGUGUGCGUGUCCGUUCAUUUGCUGUGCCUGUACGAGGUUUAUCUGUGUUAAAGAAUGGCUAUGAGGCAGACUCCGCUCACCUGCUCAGGCCACACCAGACCUGUUGUGGAUCUGGCCUUCAGUGGAAUCACUCCUUAUGGUUAUUUCCUAAUAAGUGCUUGUAAAGAUGGCAAACCGAUGUUGCGCCAGGGGGACACAGGGGACUGGAUUGGGACGUUCUUGGGUCACAAAGGUGCUGUUUGGGGGGCCACCUUAAAUAAAGAAGCCACUAAGGCGGCUACUGCUGCUGCCGAUUUCUCAGCAAAGGUGUGGGAUGCAGUCACUGGAGACGAGGUCCUCACCCUGGCACACAAGCACAUUGUUAAAUCUGUUAACUUCACGCAGGACAGCAACUGCCUUUUGACUGGAGGUAACGAUAAAUUGUUGCGCAUCUAUGACCUCAGCAAGCCUGAAGCAGAGCCUCAAGAGAUUUCUGGCCACACCUCAGCCGUUAAGAAAGCUCUCUGGUGUAACAAUGACCAGCAGAUACUCUCUGCUGCAGACGACAGAACUAUACGCUUGUGGGACAGAAACACAGGAGAGGCAGUGAAAACUCUCUCGUUUGAAGCAUCCGUCAGUAGCAUGGAAUACAUUCCUGAUGGGGAAAUUCUCGUCAUCACACAUGGAAGGACCAUUGCUUUCUACAAAGCUCACACCUUAGACCCGAUUAAGACUGUGGAUGCUCCGGCCUCCAUUCACUCUGCAUCACUACAUCCUGACAAAGACUUCUUCGUGGCUGGAGGAGACGACUUCAAGCUCUACAAAUAUGACUACACCACAAAGGAGGAAAUGGAGUCCUAUAAAGGUCACUUUGGGCCUGUGCACUGUGUUCGCUUCAGUCCGGAUGGAGAGCUGUACGCCAGCGGCUCUGAGGACGGGACUCUGCGUCUGUGGCAGACGGCUGUGGGGAAAACGUACGGCCUGUGGAAGUGUGUCCUUCCUGAGGAGCUGUCUUCAGAGAACUCAGACGCGCUGUACUGUCCUCCGGCUGAGAUCAAGGCUUAAGGUGUGGGACGGGAAGCAGUUAAUAAGAAGUUCGAGAAGGGCUGGGGCGCUGAGCCCACACCCCUGCAGAGUGCUGUGCCACCCCCCCAACUCCAUCUGCUGAAACGGCCCGGGGAGCUGAGCUUCACACGGGGAGUGUGGAGAGACCACCAACACAUUCGAGCACCAGGAGGAAAGUAGUAGAGAUGGGAGAUCUUCAUCUUCAUCUGCCUGCUCUCUCUCUGAUGCUGUUUCUGAUUCGUUUCAGCUCCUUCAUCGCGGUCCGUUAUCACAGCACUGUGAUCACUUUGGUUACCUUUUUUUUGUUUGUUUUGUUUUGUUUAGUUUUUCUUGUCAUUUUUUUUCUUUUCCAGUCUUUUUUUUGUGCUUUUAAACUAAAUUUGUUUCAUUAAAGGGAAAACACAGUGCACAUGUUCGGUUUGAUCAUCUCUCGGUGGAAGUGAUCCUGAGAAAAAAUAUAAGGAAAAAAAUUAAGUAUUGUCAAAUGCUAUUGGGAUAUUAGUCACCGUAAUACCUUGUGGUGUAAAAACACGUGGACCCUGAAAAAGUACCUUAAAAAAAAAAGCUUAAAAGCGACUUGAGUUCUAAAGUUGUUCGUCUUUUGUUGCAACCUGGCAACCUGUAUCAUUUAGUCCAUAAUAAACCAUUGGUGGUGAUGAGCCAUUUGUUCAAUCAGCACGCCUUUUACCUGCACAGGUUUUUUUUUAAUACAUUCUCUACAAAAAGCUUUAUUUAUUACCAGAAGUAACCAGCAGUAGAGUAGUGGACUCUUCAAGUGCUUCAUGUGCUUAAAGUGGAUUCUGUGCAGCGUUUUAGGUGUAUUACGGCAUUUUGUAUGUGUCCAAGACAUUUUUUUGUAUUCAAAAGUAUUCAUGCAGAUUGAUUGCUGACAGAAAAGCAAAGGAAAGGAUUUAAAUCAUUAAACAGCAUUGUUACAAAUGAAAUAUCUGGCCAUAAAUUCCAAUAAAUGAUGUACAGCUUUGUGAAUAAUAUACAUGUACGCUUUACCCCUUUAUUUUUUAUUUUUUUUGUGCCAUUACAUCAUUAUUUUGAGCUAGUGAGCUACUGUUUUUAACUUCAGAGCUGCCAAUAUUGUUUAAGAAAUGCCUGUGAGCUUGCAGUUCAUGACCUCCCACAAUAAAACAGUUAAAUAAAUAAAGAGAGA